GGCAGAAUCCUCCUCCCGGCUGAUACACACACACAGACACAUAGCGGGCUCUGUACAUUGGAUCAGAUGUCAACUAGUAUCCUGUUGUAACUGCGGCAGGCGCACGUACCGAGCCCGGCUCCGAGCAUCUCCUCCAGCCAGCCAGCCGCCGUCCACACGCCGGGGCUCCUCUUCCAAGCGGCUCCAGUAAUUGUCACGUUUAGGAAGAUCAGAUGGCAGAGGGUGGAGUUAAUGAUCGGAUUGACGAAGGGACACAAGCGUGUUUACCUGCUGCUCUUAGAUGUGCCGCUCCAUCCUUCAUCCACAGAUGAGCCGUGUGUGUGAGCCGGGAGAACGCAGCCGUACAUCGCAGCCACUGCUUCUUAUAUAAAAAGGACAUUUGGGGGAUUUUUUUUUUUAUUUUUUAUUUUUUUAUGGCUUUAGCUGCACGCCAGUAUAGUGAAUCAACGCGAUAAGCAUUGCCAGUGUGUGUGUGUGUGUGUGUUAAUGGCUUUUAUGUGAUCGGAUUUCAGCAACCUAAUCCUCUUGUCUGUGCGAGGGGGCAGAGUCCUAGGGAACAGAGCGGCAUUGAGUGAGCGUACUCGUGCGAUUAAUAAUGAAGCUUCUCCUCGCUCGCAGCCUGUUGUGGGGAUCAGGGGUGUUGCUGAUGCUGCUGUGCUGAGCAUGGGAUCCCAGCCUCCUGCUUUGUGGAUGGAGUUAUUAGGGAUAACCUUUGGAAGAAUCGGAGAGUCCAGGAAAACCGAAACCUGCAUGUGAUCGGUCAGAUUAGCCAUUUGAACUAUGUCAGUGCAUUGGGUUCAACUGCUGUCAUUGGAAUAUUUGCGGUUACAAAUACGUGUUUAUUAACAGAUUUUCCCUGAGUGAAGUUUGACAGAAAAUGAUACGAAAGCUCUGGAACUUGAUGACUUUUGCAGUGAUAUUUGGACAUUGCUUUAACCAAGCACAGAGUGAUGGAGACUGGCAAUUUGAGGAUUGUGAACUGGCUAGACCUGGUCCACCAGCAACUAUAGUUGCUAUUGAUGAAGAAAGUGCAAAUGGAACAAUCAUAGUGGACAAUAUGCAAAUUACAGGGACUGCUGGUGGAUCUAAUCCAACUAUAAGACUAACUUUGAAAGAAAAUGCAGACUACUGGGUGAUACUGGAUCCAGUUACUCAAAAGUUAUAUCUCAACAGCACUGGGAGAGUAUUGGAUAGAGAUCCUCCUAUGUCCAUUCAGACCUUUGGUGUUAAAAUAGAAUGCGGGAACUUAAAGGGUGGAACGAUUUUCCAUGAUGUACGAGUAGUUGUAAGAGACAGGAAUGACAAUUCACCCAGUUUUAUGCAAAGGAGUUACUACACAACCAUCAAUGAGUUAACACCAGUUGGAACCACGAUUUAUAAUGGAUUUGCGGAUAAAGGCGCUACAGACAUAGAUGAUGGUCCUAACGGCCAGAUUGAAUAUUUUAUCCAAUACAACCCAAAUGACACAGCCUCCCAACAGACCUUUGAUAUUCCCCUCACACUGUCUGGAGCAGUUGUCUUACGGCGCAGGUUGAAUUAUGAGGAAAGGACACGGUAUUAUGUCAUAGUACAAGCUAAUGAUCGUCCACUUAAUCCUAAUGAACGAAGGACAAGUACAACUACUUUGACAGUGGAUGUUCUUGAUGGUGAUGACCUUGGUCCUCGGUUUCUUCCCUGUGAACCUGUGCCAAAUACGCGUGAUUGUCGACCAAUAAAUUACAAAGCAAGCCUUCCAGAACUCAGCCCUCCUGCAAAAGUAAAUCCUGUUAAUGUCACCCCACCUAUAAAAGCCGAAGACCAAGACCGGGAUAUUCAACCAAUAUCUGACCGACCUGGCAUCAUUUUCUCUAUCCUUGUUGGCACUCCCGAGGAUUAUACUGAAUAUUUUCAUAUGAAUCGUACAACCGCUGUGCUCACACUCCUGAAGCCAGUAAAUAGAGAUUUGCACCAGAAAUUUGAUUUGGUUAUUAAGGCUGAGCAAGACAAUGGUCAUCCACUUCCAGCAUUUGCAAACCUUCACAUUGAAAUUAUGGAUGAAAACAAUCAGGCUCCUUAUUUUACUUUGGCUACAUACCAAGGCUACAUACUGGAGUCUUCUUCUGUUGGAACAACUAUUUCUGAAAAUUCUAACCUAACUGCUCCGCUGAAAUUGAUAGCUUUGGAUAAUGAUAUUGAAGAGCUGGCUCCAGAUGCAAUUCCAACAAAAGAUCCCCAGCUCUAUUUAUAUUUGGUAGACUACAGCACCGUUUUUGCAGUAACCUCAUCUGGAAUUACUCGCCAUCUCACAUUGCUUCAACCAGUUGACCGUGAGCGUCAGCAGAUUUAUAAAUUCUCGAUAGUUGCUUCUGAUGGAACCCAAGAAAGUACUCCAGUAACUGUCAACAUUUUGGUUAUAGAUGCAAAUGACAACACUCCAACAUUUUCUAACAUAUCCUAUAAUGUCAAAAUCUAUACAGAUAUGGCACCAGGAGAGAAUGUUAUAAGACUCACAGCUGUGGAUGCAGAUGAAGGAACCAAUGGGCAGAUAAUAUAUGAAAUACUAGCUGGAGCUCAGGGGCAGUUUGUCAUCAAUACCAAGUCCGGAGUCAUCAGUAUUAGUCCAGGAGUCACACUGACAGUUGGAGAGUCAUAUGCUCUUACGGUAAAAGCAUCUGAUAAUGCCCCUCCUGCUCAAAGAAGGAGUUCCAUCACUACUGUUUAUAUCGAAGUACUACCACCAAACAACCAGAGUCCUCCACGCUUUCCACAAUUGAUGUACAACCUUGAAAUCAGUGAAGCCAUGCGUAUAGGUGCUAAUCUUUUAAAUCUUCAGGCUACAGACAGAGAAGGAGACCCUAUUACAUAUUUAAUACAGAAUGGAGACCCUCAGAAAGUCUUUAAUAUAACAGUAAGCUCUGGACUUUUAAUCUUGGCAAAAACUCUGGACAGGGAAAGUACGGACCGUUAUAUUUUGAUAGUUACAGCUUCAGAUGGCCGGCCUGAUGGAACAUCAACUGCAACUGUUAAUGUGCUGGUGACGGAUGUCAAUGACAACAACCCAGUCUUUGAUCUUUACUUGCCUAGAAAUCUCUCCGUCCAAGAGGAAGAAGUGAAUGCUUUUGUGGGUCAAGUCAAAGCCACUGAUCCUGAUGCUGGAGUCAAUGGUCAAGUACGUUACAGUCUGGCAAACCUUAAUAAUAUUUUCCGGAUCACAACCAAUGGAAGUAUUUAUACAUCUGUAAAGUUGGAUAGGGAAGUAAGAGACACUUAUGAACUCACUGUGGAGGCAACAGACAGUGCACCUGCUGAUCCUCGUCGGUCUACAAUAACUCUUACUAUCACAGUUACUGAUAUUGAUGACAACAGCCCUGUUUUUACAAAUACUUCUUAUUCUGUGUCCGUACCUGAAAACAUGUUGCCAGGGACAGUUUUUCUACAAGUAAAGGCAAAGGAUGCUGAUCUUGGUGCUAAUAUUACAUAUCGGAUAAGAUCGCAGGAAGUUUUGCAGCUGUUUACAAUGAACUCAUCAUCAGGAGAGCUAUCUCUUUUAAAACCUCUCGACUUUGAAUCAUUUACAGGAAAGGAGGCAGUAUAUGUCUUUCUUGUGGAGGCUUUUGAUGCUGCAGGAAGCAUGCCCCCUGGAAUUGCUACUGUAACAGUUAGAGUAAAGGAUAUGAAUGAUUUCUCGCCUGUGUUUAGUCGAGCACUCUACUGGGGAAUGGUGGCUCCAGAUGCCCUAAAGGGCACAGUGAUAGUUACAGUUUCAGCUGAAGAUUAUGAUACUCCAGGUACACCAGCAAGUUACGUCAGAUAUAAAGUAGAUGUUGCCCAAUUUCCAUACAGUGCCAGCAUAUUUGACGUGGAAGAAAAAACUGGUCGUGUCAUAACAAGGGUCAAUCUUAAUGAGGAUCCUAGCACCAUAUUCAGGUUGGGAGUCAUUGCUUACGAUGAUGGAGAUCCAGUGAAGUCUAACAGUACAAUGGUAAUAAUAACAGUUCUGCAGCCAUCUGUAAUCCCACGAUUCACUCAAGAGGAAUACAGGUCACCUCCAUUGAGUGAAACAGCUCCAAUUGGGACCACUGUUACUGUGGUAACAGCUGCAGCAUUAAACCAGACUAUUGUGUAUGCAAUCAUCUCAGGGAAUGAUCAAGGUGCAUUUGCCAUUGAUAAUAUCACAGGGGUUAUCACUGUUGUAAAACCACUGGACUAUGAAAACACUACAAGCUAUGAGCUUAGAAUUCAAGCUGAUUCUAUGCAUGUGGCCAGAUAUAAUCUACGAGCCACCUCUAAAAGUAACACAGCUAUAGUGUACAUAGAAAUACUGGAUGAAAAUGACCAUGCUCCACAAUUUUCAAAAAAGCUUUACCUGGGAGGAGUGUCAGAAGAUGCUAGAAUGUUUGCAUCUGUGCUAAAAGUGAAGACUACAGAUAAAGACACUGGAAACUACAGCAGCAACAGCUAUAAAUUAAUUAUACCAACCAUUAAAGAUGGUAAAGAAGGUUUUGUGAUUGAAUUCUACAGUGGUGUCAUCAAAACAGCGAUGCUCUUCAAGAACAUGAGACGGUCUUAUUUUAAAUUUGAAGUGGAAGCAAAAGAUGAUUAUGGAAGAGGUUUAAGCAGCAAGGCAGAUGUAAUUGUUUCUGUGGUUAAUCAGCUGGAUAUGCAAGUUAUUGUCUCUAAUGUCCCUCCUACAGUCGUGGAAGAAAAUAUAGAUGAUCUUAUUAGCAUUUUAGAGCGUUAUGUUCAAGACCAAAUUCCAGGUGCUGCAGUUGUAGUAGAAUCAAUUGGUGCCAGAAGAUAUGGAGAUGGCUUCUCUGAAGAGGACUACACUCAGUGUGACCUGAUGAUUUACGCUGUUGACCCUCAGACAAACAGGGCAAUAUCACGUAAUGAACUUUUUAAAUUUUUAGAUGGUAAAGUGCUUGACAUCAAUAAACAGUUUCAAGACUACAUUGGCCUUGGAGGACGUAUAUUGGAGAUUCGAACCCCAGAUGUUGUAGCCAAUGUAAAGAAGCAAGCCCAAGCUGUAGGCUACACUGAAGGAGCUUUGCUAGCACUGGCUAUUAUUAUCAUCCUCUGUUGUAUACCGGCUAUUUUAAUUGUAAUGGUCAGCUACAGACAGUUUAAAGAGAGGCAAGCUGAGUGUGCAAAGACAGCGAGGAUCCAGAUGGCAUUGCCAGCAGGCAAAUCAUCAGCCCCUGCUGCCAAUAAUCUGUAUGAAGAGCUGGGUGACAGCACUAUGUUCCACAGGGGGAAAAAAUCUGUUUUACAAGAAGGUGAUCGGCAGAGACUUAUAAGUAGUCUGGCAUCUCGUGCUAUUGAGGCCCAUAAGCAAUCUAGUAUCAGUGGAUGUUUAAACAAUAAUCUUCCAAAGUCUUCAAGUAAUAUUACUUUUCUUUCUGAUAUUAACCCAUUAACUACUCAGAACCCUCUGUAUAUGGAAGGUUCAGUCCAAAGUACUAUCAAUAUUGGGUUUCCAUGGAGAAAUAAAUUACCCUUAGACAAGUCUUCGCUGCAAAGAAGGGUUCUGAGAGAUUCUGUUUUAAAAGUGAACUCGGAGGGCUUGCAUCGAGCCUGGACCCUUCCCACGCGUUUUGCUAAGAGAAAUGUUUAUGACAUUCUUGGGAGUCCUGUAAUCAUGGAUCCAAUUCAGUGUCAGCAUAUGGGUACACAGGCAGAGAAAGACACAUCUGAAACUAAUCAACCAACUGAAAGCCUCAGGCCAUCACUGGAGAUCUCAUCUAAUAAUAAAUUAAGUGUAAGAGAACAAGCAAGACAAUUCGAACAAAAUGCAUUGGGGGACAUCAAAAUGACCAAAUCUUGGGAAAUUAAAGAAAUUCAUACAUCAGAUGGUAAUGAGAACUGUACAGAGAAAAAUAAAAGUUAUAUUAAUGAUCCCCCAUAUCAAAAUUCUUUACUUUCAUCAGCAACACAGGAUUCACCAAUUAUUCCUGCACAUCAAUCAACAACCUUUCCUUCUAUUCUAAUUACUCCUUCAGACUGCUCUGAAGAUAUCUCACCACCACCAACUCGGAAGCCAACACCACCUUUAGCCAGAAAAAGUGUAACACCCUCCCAGUCCUUUCUAAUUGUUCAAAAUGAACAAAUAAUCCCAAACUUUAUUCCUGAUCCACCAAAUGUUCCUCCUCCUUGUCCACCACUUAUCACCUCUCCAUCUGAACCUUUUUUACCAACACAGCCAUUUCUUUUGACACAUACACCGGAAACAUCUUGUCCUCCACCACCACCUCCACCGCUUCCUGCUCCAUCACUUCCACCCUCAUUUUCACCAAUCCUGCCCACUCCACCACCUCCACCCCUUCCUCAAACACUUCUAACUCCUAGCCUUUCCCAGGUCUCCUUAUCUUCAUUAACACCUACUAUUUCUUCAAGCACCAAGGAAAAGCUUUUAACGGCACUGGAAGCCCCCCAAGCAAAUUUUGGCCCUCGACGAGAACUGAAGGGGAUUCUCAAAAAUAUACAGAACUUGGCAGAUAUAGAAAAAUCUGUAGCAAACAUGUAUAGCCAGAUUGACAAGUGUAAUCCAAAUCAAAAGCAAGUACCUAAACCAAAAUCAACUGUACCGACAGACACUCAAAAUGCAGACAUUUUAAUUCCACACGAGAAGCUUAAUGGAAAUCUAAGUUGUGUUGUUGGGGAGUUAGAAAAAAGAUUUCCUUCUCAGUCCACAGCCCUGUAAAAUUAGACUUUGACUUUCCUGCACUUGACACAUUAUUUGAAAUAAAGCAGGCUGAGCAGGAGUACAGCCAGCUUUGUGUAGUCAGACAAGCAAAUCAAUGUUUUACAAAACAUGCAUUUAAUUGCAGGCCUCUCACAGCAUUCAAGGGCCAGAGUGCAGAAAUCAACCAUAAAAGAAUAUGUGUGUCUUAAGAGCCCGAAACCACUUUUUAUCCAACUUAACUGUCCUGCAAAAUGUAAAUCUGACAUUAUUUUACAUUGCUCUUUUUUAAAACAGAGCAGAAUGGUAAAUAAAUGUUUAAUUUAACAUCUGUGUUUUAUUCCAAUUAGAAUGGAUUUUAAGUGCAGAUUAAAAAAAAAAAA